AUCUUUGGUAAUCACAGCGGUGUUGCUGAAAACAUGGGGAUCUCUGGUUGCCUUACAUCAGCGACACAGGAACAAUGCCACCAGAGAGGUGUGUGUUUGGCAUCAUGCUGGAUGUGUCAGCUUUUUUAGGUAUGGCCACAGUAUACGUGCGUUACAAACAGGUGGAGGCUCUGACAGGUGAAGGCGAGCUCAAAGUGAACAGACUGAAUCGCUUCGGGCUGCUGCUCGGUUUGAUCAGCUCCUUUGGGAUGUGCGUGGUCGCCAACUUCCAGAAGACCACGCUGUUCUCCAUGCACCUGGUGGGGGCCGUGCUGACCUUUGGGGUCGGAGCGCUCUACAUCCUGGUUCAGACGCUGCUCUCACUCUACAUGCAGCCUCACGUCCACAGCAAGACCAUCUACCUGGUCCGCCUCGGCAUCGGAUUCUGGACCCUGUGCAGCAUCAUCAGCAUGUUCAUAUCAUCAGUCAUCAUGUACAGCAGCCUGCCGGGAGUGGACGUAGCUCACAAACUGCACUGGACUCCUGGAGAGACGGGCUACACAGCUCACAUUAUCAGCACCGUGUCUGAAUGGUUUCUGGCCUUCUCCUUCAUCAGCUUCUUCCUCACCUACAUCAGAGAUUUUCAGAAAAUUAACUUGCAAGCCGAAGCAGUUUUGCAGAGCAGCCAUCUGUACGACUGGUCACACGAUGGCGUCGCAGCGUCACAUCACCACAAACGCGGAGCCUCCGAGUCGUCUCCACUGCUGGCCGGAGGAACGUGACCAGCAGCAGAACAUCCUACAACAACUGCUUUUACACAGAUUUUUUAAAACGUUUUCUAAUCAUGUGUAAAGGGGUUUUUAUAGGGAAUUUCUUAAAGCUGGCGUGGCAGCUCUUAAAAGGGCAGUACAACUAAAUAUAGAGAGAAUAGAGAAUUCCUUUCUUCUUGUGUUGUCUCUCCGGUCAGAUAGUUUUGUAUUCGUUUAACAUAUUACAAAUAAUAAAACAUCAGGUUUGAAUAAACUCUCUUCCCUCUGUUGUACUAGUGGGAAGACAGAAAUCUCAAAACCUGUACAAAUAAAAUAAAAUAAAAUAAAAUCUAUGUGACCGGAUCGAUAAUACGAGAGGGAAGAAUAUUUUUUGUUUGGGGAACUGACCCUUUAAACCCAAAUAUGAUGCUUUGCACUUUAACCUCAAACUGCAAGUCCCUCUCAGUGACUUCCUCAUUUACACUCUAUAUUAUAAUUGAAAACGCUGCACUGUCUUUUACUUUCAGUUAUAAAUUAUAGCCGCUCUUCCUUCACGUCUAUGAAGACCACUGGGGGCUCACAUGGUAGAAUAUUUAAAAGUUAUUGAUUGAAAGAAUAUUAGCACACAGGAUUGUUUAAUGUCUUUAGUUAUUCAGUCUGCUUUGAUUUAGCUGCAUUACAUUUGUAAUAUUCAGUUAAUACUACUGAAUAUUAAAGUAUCAUUUCCAGGUGCAUCUUUCAAAUGCUUUACUUCCCCUAAAACAUGGCAGAUUACUAUGUACUGAACCACUACUUUGCUCUCCUGUAGGCGGCGCUGGUCACAAUAAGUGAACAGCUCCCCCUGCUGGAGAAUCAACACCCUGAUAAAGUUAGAUUGUAGUAACAGUUGCUGUAUUGUGCUCCUGCGAUAAUAAUAUAUCUGCACAGUUUUUAAUUAUAAUCAGUGAAUAUAAGAGUAUUAUAAAUUCAUUCAGUUUGUAUUUAAAGGGCCAGUGUGUAAGAUUCAGCUCAGCCUUCCAAGCAUGCAGGAGAAACUACGGUGGCAGCAAAAUAUGUGAGCGGUCCCUCUAGAGCCAGUGUUUGGUUUGUCUGUUCUGGGCUUCUGUAGAAACAUGGCAGUUCAACAUGGUGGACUGUAGAAGAGGACCAGCUCUAUCUGUAGAUAAAACGGCUCAUUCUAAAGUAUUAAAAACACAACAUAUUCCAUAUUCCACCAUAUUCAGGUGAUUAUUUACUAAUAUACCUGAAUGAAUAUUAUUCUAUUUCUGCCAAUGUUACACACUGGACCUUUAAAUCAGUCUGUUUUUAAACUGUCACCCCACAGACUCCACAGUACGUGCGGUUUAUUAACAUAUCCACAAAUACACAUUAAAGGUGGGGUAAGCGAUUCUGGAGAAAUUAGGUGACGAAUAUAGUGCCAGAGGGCAGCACUCAGCGAUACAACUCUCCUUUUCUGCUAUAGCUGACGUCACAACAACAACAACAA